AUGGCCUCAAGGCUCAUCAGACCCCGGCGGACGGGACUGGGCUGUAUCAGACCAUUCCUCGUCAACCACGGCUAUGCACGCCACCUCGCAACCGCCAGCGACCUCCCUAUAACGCGACUCUCCGGCGCCGGCGGCGCCCUCAUCCACAACGUCGACCUCACCUCACCACUCCCGCCCCAGACCACCGCCUCCAUCCGCUCCACCCUCCUGACCCACGGCGUCAUCUUCUUCCGCCAACCCGCCCCCCUCUCCCCAGACAGCUUCCUCAACUUCGCCAACCACUUCGGCACCCCGCAACAAUACCCCUUCGUGCGCGGCCUCGACACGCACCGCGAGAUCAUCCGCGUCCGCAAACUCGAGCACGAAACCACCAACUUCGGCGGCGUCUGGCACGCCGACACCACCUACCUCGCCGAGCCGCCCAUGGGCACCAUCCUCAUGGCCGAGCAGGUGCCUACGUAUGGCGGCGACACCCUAUUCGCGAACCAGUACCUCGCGUACGAGGCGCUGAGCGACGGCCUGAAAGCCACGCUUGCAGGACUGAAGGGCGUGAGCACGAGCAGCAAAGCCGACGCCUCCAAGACGCGCGAGGACCGCAUCGCCGAUUCCGGCACCAAGGGCGCGCCAGACGUUUUCGAGGCCGUGCAUCCCGUGGUGCGCACGCAUCCGGAGACAGGGAGAAAAGCGCUGUACGUCAAUGUGGCGCAUACGGCGCGCUUCGAGGGCUGGACAGAGAAGGAGAGUGAGGGGUUGUUGAGGUUUCUGCAUGAGCAUCAGGUGCGCCCGGAGUUUACCUGUCGGUUUGUGUGGGAGCCUGGGUCGAUUGCGUUUUGGGAUAAUCGGGCCGUGUUGCAUAACCCCAUAAAUGACUAUCAUGGCUUCAGGAGGGAUAUGUUGCGGAUCACGCUGAAAGGAGAUGUACCUAGGUGA